AUGGGCAACCUGCAGAGUUCGACGCCGUCGUCGCUUGGCGGUACGAAAAGCCAGAACAAAAGGCCACCGACCACCGGGACCCGCGAUUGGCUGUUGGGGGGCGCGACGAGGGUGCUGCGGAAACCAGUUGCACCGGCGCCGCCGGCGGCGGCAACGACGGAUCACGUGACCGUGACCAGUCGUGACCUCCGCCGGCAGCCGACUCCCCCGGCCCGCGACGACGAUACCGAUCAUCAUGCAGAUGAGCAGCAACAACAACACCGGCAGGAGCACCACUGCAGCAACCGCCGCCGCCACCGCCACCGCAACGACCGCGACGACGAGUCCGCCCGCAGUUCCUCGGAAGAGGAGGACUCCUCAGUAUUCGCCGACACGCUGACCAGCCCGCAGAGCGUGUACUCGGACGCCAGAGACGAACCGGACGACAUCAUGGUGGUGAACGGCGGCGAAACGUUCGGCGGCAGUACCGGGCGCACGGCCGCCGCCGCCCACCAGGCUUUUACGAUCGUCAAGCACCGAAAAGUCGAACUGAGCCCUGCCAAAUUACAAUCGGCAAUCGCCAAUGGUAAGUCCUAG